GCUUUGGAAAUGUAAAAAAAACUCGGAGGAGGAGAGAGGUCCGCAGGGAGGCGUUAGUCUGUUUGGAGUGGACACCUCCAAUGAGGGCUGUCAGGACAGCAAGCGAGCGAGCUGUCAGAAGGCUUCAUCAAGUCUGAGAACCAAGGCGAAUAUUAAACUGGAUACGACAAAAAAAAAGUCUUCUAUCAAUUUGAACAAGUCGGAAUAGUGCGGAAAGUGGGAGCUAAAGACUGGUUUAUGUCAGAAGACCAUCGCUGCUUCUGUCCUGUGUUCGCUAUGAAGCUGAUCACCGAGAAUGAAGCAUGAGCUCUAAUUUUGCUUUACCGAGACCUUUGAGGCGAUCUGGAAGUCUCCCUGCCUCGAGGACUAUUCGGAUAGUAGUCUUGGGACAAGGCGCGGUUGGAAAAACAGCCAUGACAGUUCGGUUCAUCACCAAGAGAUUCAUUGGGGAAUACGAUCCAACACUAGAAACUAUUUACAGACACGAAGCUGCAAUAAGUGGAGAAGUUGUUCACUUUGAAAUCUUAGACACUGCUGGUCAGGAAGAAGAUGCCUUACUCAUAGAAGAAAAGAUUAAAUGGGGCGAUGGUUUUGUUAUCGUGUACUCUGUGACGGACAGAUGCAGCUUCGACGAGGUGAUGAGGCUGUGUUUCCUGGUCAACCACAUUCACUCCAACUCCAGGAAAGGGAGCAGCGACCCUCCGCCCAUCGUAAUCGUGGCCAAUAAGCGGGACCUGGAGUUCGACAGGAUGGUCACCACUGAGGACGGAGAGAACCUUUCCAAGGCCCUCAAACACCCGUUCUGUGAGGUCUCCACCAGGGACAGCUACGAGGAAACGGUGGUGGUCUUUCACACGCUUUACAGUGAAAUGAUGAAGCAGCUGAGCUCCUCUCCCACCUCCUUCCGCAGAAGAGCCGUUUCCAAACUGAUGGAUAAAAUCCCAAAGAUCCAUGCAAACUCCACGCUGGGGUCCACUGGCAGGAGCUUUAGUUUCAAUUCGUUUAGAGACUUGCUGCCUGAGUAAGUGAGCGUUUUAAUGACCCUUUUCAAAAACAUCAUACAUUAUGGUGACGGAUCAUUACUGAUGGUGAACUAGUUUGCUGGUCAUAACUGCUGUACCGCUUGGAGAGGACUGUCACAAAGUCCCUACGUGUAGCCAAGGAGGAAGAAUUAUAACAUUUGGGAAAGCAUUUGUGGCAGAUUUUGCGCCAAACAGGAUGGCAGAUUGCACUGCAAGUGGAAUAUAGUGGUGAGCAUACAGUACAGAUUGCUUUGUCCAGUGAGAUGUAUUUGAUUGCAUAGGGCAGGAAUCUGCAAUUCAGGUCAUAGAAGGCCAUUAACAGCCUUGGGACCUGAUUGUAGACUUUAUUGGUUCAAUAGCACAAUUAAGAAUCUGGGAGGAGAACAAAUCUUGUCAUCCCUGGCAUACUGUAGGUACUUUGUGACAAAGACAGUCCUGUUGGAUUUUCACUGAAUAUAAAGUUCACUGAUUACUGUAUGAGGAGCUGUUUGUUUCCCAUGAUUGAUAAUGAUGCAUAGCUUGUUUAUUCUCCGUUUCUGUUUUAGAAGGUGACUCACACUGUGAGUCAUAUUAGGAACAGACCCGUGGGAUACUGCCAGUCAACGAAAUGCCACUUCUGUAAAAUCACUCACCAGAUAGUAUGCACACCCCUCAGUGUAUCGUAUCAUCGUAAAGUUGGUAUGGUGCUUAUUUUGACACAUGACAAAAAGUAUAAAAAGACAUCCAACGUUAGAAAGGAAACUGGUAUAAAGGGGCAAGUAUAACGCCUGAAAAACCUGACGAGUGGAAGUUUAGCAGCAGGAAAUUUACAAGAGGCUUAUACGUGGCAAGAACAGCCAAAACUGUAACUGCUACAUACAGUUUUAAAUGUACUGUAUUGGUCAAAUCUAUAAGGGAAUUUGUGAUUGUGAACAGUAAAGCCUGGAAUGUGAGGGAAAAUAAAAAGCAGCCCAACAAAAGCACUUGAUAACAAUAUCUAUGUUUAUGUAGCAACGGGUUGACAGUCGUAAAAGUCUUCGUAAAAUACUGUGAGGGAACUGUCCUUCAAUUUAUUCUGCUAUUAAUGUGUAGUUUUUUAUUUUAUUUCUGCUUUUUUUCCCAAUUUUUUUUUACCAGGUUUGCAAACUUCCAAGCACAUCUAAAAUUUGGAUUUCUGAAAUGAGGAAAUGAUCACUAAUGGUGUGCAGCUGUGAUUUAUGUCCCCUCUGAAACUGUGAUUUUGUACUGUAUAGAGAAUUUCUGUUUACUAAGUUACAGUUGUCCUAGUUGCAGAGGGGGCAGAAAUAACAGUUGCACACCCGUAGUGGUUAUUUCUGAAACAUUCAUAAAUUCUGCUUUUAGAAGUGGUUGAAUAAAGACAUUUUUGCAGGAAUAUUUAGAAUGGUAAAUACUAAUCUAAGCAGAAACACAAAUAUAGAAUAAUGUUAUAAUAGGACGUCAAACAGAUACAACAUUUUAUAUAAACAAUAGUUACAGAUUAUAUAGUAUUACAUAACAUUGUAUUAAGCAUGAAACUGUUCUAGGCUGUUAAAGAAACCAACAAUGUUAUAGUUUCAUGAAUAUGAAACUUUAUUCAACACUCUCAAGUUUUGUAAACAUAUUUCUUUGGUUGAAGUAGGGUGCUGGAGACAAUGCAUUUUGUUUGCUGGAUUAUUUGUUAAAUUUAUUUUAAAAUAAAGAUUAGCCUGAACCUUAUCAAA